CCCACCGCGAGCUUCAUUCAACGUGCGGGAUCGGCGCGAUUUGACAGCUGCUGCCGCCAAAGUCUCGCUACCACUGUGCGUGUGCAGAGAUCGUGUCGACUCGACAUUUUGCGCCUGGAAAAGAACACUUCGGGCGUGAAAGAAAGGCACGAGCCGACGACGUUGCAGGAUUUUCCGAGGACGCUUUUUUUCUUUUUUGACUUCGCACCAACUGAACCGGCCCGGGAAGGCGGCAGCACGGAGGCAUCAUGAGUGCACAGACAAGGCUGCUGAUCAAGGGCGGCAAAGUUGUCAACGAUGACAUGACUACCGACGCCGACGUUUUCAUCGAAGAUGGCAUCAUCAAACAGGUGGGCAAAGACCUGUCCGUGCCUGGUGGGACUCGUACCAUUGAAGCCAAUGGGAUGUACGUCAUGCCAGGUGGCAUCGACUGCCAUGUCCACUUCGAGUUCUUCUUCAUGGGAACACGAACUGCUGACGACUUCUACACAGGCAGCAAGGCAGCGCUGGCCGGAGGAACCACAAUGAUCGUUGACUUUGUCACCAAGAAAUCUCCCAGUAUGAGCCUGCUCGAAGCUUAUGAGGAUUACCGAAGCAGGGCCGAUGAACGCAUCUGCUGCGACUACGGCCUUUCGGUAAUUCUUGAUGACUAUAACGAGAAUGUCUUCAAGGAGAUGGAAACGCUGACAAAGGAGAAAGGUGUGAAUGCCUUCAAGAUGUUCAUGGCCUACAAAGGCACACUCAUGAUGGACGACGACAAACUCAUCAAGGCCUUCAAGGCAUGCAGCAAACUGGGAGCGCUGGCUCGCGUCCAUGCCGAGAACGGCGACAUUAUUUACGAGAACCAAAGCAAGCUGCUUUGCAUGGAGGUCACUGGUCCAGAAGGCCACCUCUACAGCCGAGAGGAAGAGGUGGAGGCUGAGGCCACGCAUCGGGCCAUCGUGCUGGCCAACCAGGUGAACUGCCCGCUGUACGUGGUGCACGUCAUGAGCAAGAGCGCCGCUGAGAUGAUUCUGCGAAAGCGCGCCCAAGGCUGCGUCGUGUUCGGCGAGCCCAUCACAGCGGGUUUGGGCACUGAUGGUACCCACUACUUCAAUCGAUGCUGGAAGCACGCAGCCGCGCACGUCCUGUCGCCCCCUCUGCGGCCUGACCCGUCCACUCGAGGAUAUCUCAUGGACCUGCUUGCCAGUGGAGAGCUGCAGACGACCGGUUCCGACCACUGCACUUUCACGACUACCCAGAAGUCGAUUGGUCAGGAUGACUUCACCCGCAUUCCAAAUGGAGUGAAUGGCGUUGAAGAACGAAUGGGUGUUGUCUGGGAGAACGGAGUGAACACUGGGAAGCUGGAUCCCUGCAAAUUCGUGGCUGUCACAAGUGCCAAUGCAGCCAAGAUCUUGAACAUCUAUCCACGAAAGGGCAGAAUCCAGGCUGGUUCAGAUGCAGACGUCGUGAUCUGGGACCCCGAGAAGGAGCGUGUUUUCUCGGCCCAGACGCAUCAGUCCGCAAGCGACUUUAACAUUUUCGAGGGCUUCCGUUGCCGAGGCGCUCCGGUCUACGUCAUUUCCCAGGGACGGGUCGUCGUCGAAAACGGAGAGGUGCAUGCCUCAAAGGGCGUUGGCAAGUUCAUUCCUAUGGCGCCAAACUGCAGCUACGUCUACUCAGCAGUUCGCCAGAGGGAGGCUUCCAUUCCGCGCAAGAUCGAUCGAUCAGCCCCGCCACCAGAGCCAGAGACCGUCGAAGAGCCACCAGUGUCGCCCGCAAACGCUGCCCCUGCGACACAGUCGACCCCACCACCCGCACCAUACUACAAGGAGCCUCUGUACCCGGCCACACCUCGCGAGUUCCACAGUCGGCCACUGACGCGUGGUGGCUGCCGCAACCUCCAGGACUCCACCUUUAGCCUCUCUGGUGCCCAGAUUGACGAUGACAAAGGCUCCAGAGCUGCCAUCCGCGUGCACAACCCACCGGGAGGACGGUCAUCCGGCAUCUGGUAGACAUCGCCGCACUGCGCUUUCCACGACAAAUGAUGGCAUCAGACUCCACUAACUGCUGCCGAAUCGUCGCCGCUGCUUGUUCAGCUGUCUGUCCCACCGCCCGAUGAAAAAGGCCGCGAUCAAAUUUCUUUCCAUCUCCCUGUUGUGCUUGUUGCGUUGCCUUUAUCCAAUCAACACUUCAUUAUUUUUAACGAGGUAUGUGCUGUAUUAGCUGAAUAAAAGUAGCAUCGAUAUCAUGA